AUGUUCAAAUUAAUUCUGACCGUCGACGAGAGAACUCUUAUCGAUGAAGUAUAUGUUUUGGACGAGAAUCUAUUUGAACCUGUCUACGUACUUCGACCAGUCGAUCCACAGAGAAGAGACAAAUGGCGAAUAAUUGAAAAAAAUUUAACAAGAAUAUUACGUCGAGCUGCUGAUAUUAGUUUCGAAAAUAACAAAAUUACUCAAAGUGAACGAAAUCAAUUUCAUAUUUCUGUGACGGCCAAGGAAAUUGUUAGAGCACUGGAAAAUAAUGCAAUUGAUCCACAACGAAUGGUUGCAUUUUUUCGAGAGAUUGAAGAUAUUAAUGAACUUGAUAUUAAACUUAAAUCAAAAUUGAUUGAUACUGAUCAUGAAACAGAAAUAUUAUUGAAUCAAAUAAAAUCAAAUAUUCGAGAGAGACUUCCACUUGAAAAUCAAUUCAACUAUCGAGUAAACUGGAAAGAUGUUUCGGAUCGAAUCAAUUAUCUAGUCAAAUUUCAAAAUGAUUUCUAUACUGUUAUUAAGCGGCAAAUCGAUUAUUACAUCACACAAAUUCCAGCAAAAGAUAUUUUGUACGAUGAAAUCCUCGAACAUGCUAUACAAUGUCGCAUGUUGAAUAAACGUUAUUGUUCACGCGAUGAAAUUCUCGAGAAAGUUAGAGCAUAUGUUUUAUCGAAUGUGUUACAACCAUGCAUGAUAUUCGGCAAAUCAGGCUCGGGAAAAUCAUCUAUUAUGGCUCAAAUAGCGAUCAAAGUAUUAGAAUGGUUUUCAAAUCCGAAUUCAGUCUCUAUCAUCAUUCGUUUUCUUGGUGCAACACCAUUGUCAAGUGAUAUUCGUCGACCAUUAAUGUCAAUUAUACAACAAAUCUGUAUUCUCUAUCAUCUCAUGCCAUCAUCUCCUAUCCAAGAUUUCACAACAAUUGAAGAACUAAAAACUAUAUUGCAAAAUCUCUUUAUGCAAAUUCCAAUCAAUGAACAACUUAUUCUCCUUUUCGAUUCGAUUGAUCAAUUACAAGUCGGAGAUUAUAAUUGUGAAAAAUGGCUUCCAAUUAAUUAUCCAUCGAAUAUUAAAUGUAUUCUAUCUACAAUACCAGUGAUUACUGAAGGUAAUGGAGAACAGAAAAUCGAGUAUAAAAUUCUCAAUGGACUUAUAUCUCUUUUUCCUAAUGGUACUCUAAUUGAGAUUAGAGAAUUCGAUAGAAACCUAGCACAACAAGUAGUCUAUUCAUGGUUAGAACGUGAUGGCCGACGUCUUUCACCACUUCAAAUGACUUGGUUGCAGCCAAAAUUCGAGUCAUACAGUCUAAAUCGAAGUGAUCCAGAACCUACGCCAUUAUUUCUUUCAUUAGUAUAUCAAAUAACCCAAACAUGGCGUUCAUUCAAUGACAAACCUGAUCGGGAUUUUCUUAAAAUACAUUCGACCCGAGAUGCCAUAAACUAUUUGUACAAUCAAUUAUCUAAAAAACAUGGAGAUAUUUUAUUCAAACGAGCGAUGACAUAUUUGAGACUAGCGGGUGGUCUCAGUGAAACUGAAUUGGAAGAUAUUCUCAGUGCAGAUGACAAAAUUUUGCAGUCAGUUUUUGUCCAUUAUCUUCCUCCGACGAAAAUAUUCCGAUUACCAAGUACUCUGUGGAUUCGUAUUCGCAAUGAUAUGCACAAAUAUCUCAUCGAAAAAGAAAUCGAUAAUACACUCAUCAUCUAUUUUUAUCAUCGCCGUUUUCAACAACAUUCGAUAUUUAAUAUUAAUCAAGAAAAGCCUAUCGAAACUAUUCGACGUGCUUAUUUUGCUGGUCCUGUUGGUAAUUUUCCGAACUUAUAUAAUCAACCAUUUGUAAUUGAAUCGAAAAAACUUAUCGAAAAGAUGAACGGUAUUACUUCAUUAGUUGUUGAUCGACGUCUAACAAAACAACGACCGUAUGUUCUGAAUAAGAAUGAACAAGAAUGCAUCUUCAAUAUACGACGAAUUAAUCAACUAUGUUUAAAUUUAGAUAUCUAUCGGCCUGAACCAUAUUUUCUCUAUGAUUAUAAUUUUAUGUGGAGUUUUCUUCAUUGCUACAAAAUGAGCGAUCGAUUUGUGGCCGAUUCUUCUUGUCCUGAAAUUCGAUUUCUUCUUACACAAUACAUGAGUUGUUCUUCUAUUCUAGACAAAUAUCCAGAUAAUUUUGCUUUCGAAAUAGUUUCUCGUCUAACAUCUUCUAUCGAGAUACUUCCUAAAUUUAUCUACAAUUUAUUUCAGCAGUGUCUGAAUAAUUGUGUGCUUCGCAUGUUGGAAAGUGAUACACGAACAUUUAAUACAACUAUGAACAAAUACCAAAUUGGUGUCGUUAAUGCCGUCUGUGGAGCGUAUAAUACUCUUUAUGUAUUUCUUUCACAAAGAUUUCUUAUAUUUCGAUUUUAUGCGCAAGAUUGGACCGGAAAAAUGUUUGAUUAUAAAUUACCUUCAAAUGAAUUCACUUCGGUCAAGUUUGGUUCGACUGAUAUUUGUUUCUAUUCAUCAAAAUCAAUUUUGAUCUUUCAAAAAUUCGAUCAUCACUUUGGACUUCAUUUAAAUUAUAACCAUAUAAUACAUGUCGAUUUUAUACACAAGGAAGGAUUAUUUGUCUGUUCGAGAGAUAAUCAAUCGAUUGAUAUAUGGCAUUGUUUAGAUAAGAAAUUGAUUGAACAAUAUGUAUUUGAGGCUCCUAUUUUAGAAUGUUCGACUAUUGAACGUCAUAUGGGUGCAGUGAUUCGAGUGACACUUGAAACUGGCUUAACACAUUACUUGAUUGCUACAAAUGUUCAAGGAAAAUUUCACUUUCAACUUGUUGCAACAUUAAAUAAAAAACCAGAUAAACAAAAUAUCUUUCUUAAUUUUGAAACUGAUGUUUACUAUUCUGAAGGUCAAUCACAUAUUUAUCUCUACUAUUUCGAACGUGCCGAAAAUGAUCGUCUCGAAAAAAUCGAUAAUUUACCAUUAUUGAAUCGUGUCAUUUAUAGUCAAAGUUUUUUCACCGAUCGGCAUCAGAGUGCAUUAAUAUGGUUGACUAUUGAUUCUGUCGUUAUUUUUCACUCAUGUGGUGAUUACGUAGCUGUUGUUGAAUUUACACAAUUGGCUUUUGAUUCACAAUCGACAGAAUCAAGUGUCUAUGGUAAUAUGGGUUUAAUUUAUAAAAUUAAAAGAAAUUACACAAAAGCAAUUAAAAUGUUGGAAAAUUUUCUUCAAAUGACACUGAAUUAUUUAGAUGCUGUUUCAGCUCAUUUAGAACUUGAAGAUACGUAUCUACUAUGGGCAGUUUAG